AUGACAGUCGGUUGCGACACGUAUGGCGAGUUGUAUGAUUACGAGGGCAAUGUGUUCUAUGUCAACUGUCUAUCGUCAUGCUUGAACGAUACAAAAGUGACAGCUGGUUCAUCUUGCGGUGGCUUUGGUUGCUGCCAGACAACCAUACCAAACGAUCUUACUGAUUUUGAUGCAUUCAUAUGGAGCCAUAACGACUUCAAAUACAUAUGGAACAUUAGUAGAUGUGGGUUGGCUGUUCUUAUGUCCGACGCCCAGGAUUCAUUUGAGUCACAAGUUUCACAUCUCUGGGACCUAAGAAACAAUGUUGAAUACCUUCUUAACGUUGGGAUAAGGACUUCCAUAGUACUGGACUGGGCAAUUCGAAACCAGGGUAGCGAGGAAGCACAAACAGACGUGGCUGGGAUAUCUUUGCAAUUGCCUGCAUGGUUUUCAAGGGAAUCCUUAUCUUCCCCAUGGUUUUCAAGAAAGGAAUCAGAGGCCCGAGGAGUUAUCCCCGGGGACAUCAAAUCCACAAAUAUAUUAUUAGAUGAAAAAUAUAUUGCAAAAAUUUCUGAUUUUGAAGUUUCCAAGUUACUUCCUACAGAUCAAUCUCAAAUAACAACAUUGGUUCAAGGGACAUUGGGAUAUUUGGACCCAGAAUAUUUCCACACAAGUCAAUUGACAGAGAAAAGUGAUGUUUAUAGCUUUGGAGUGGUUCUUGUAGAGCUCUUAACAGGUAAAAAACCUCUGUCUUUUGAAAGACCACAAGAGCAAAGAAACUUGGCUACAUAUUUCAUUUCAUCAAUGAAUGAAAACCAUCWUUUUGAACUAAUUGAAGAUCGACUUGUGGAUGAGAAAAAUGUUGAGGAACUUUGUGUAGUUGCCAAGGUUGCAAAAAGAUGCCUCAGUCUAAAAGGUGAAGAAAGGCCCACUAUGGAAGAAGUUGCAAUGGAGCUACAAAACUUGRAAAGGUUGAGAAAACAACCAUGGGUUCUACCAAUAGAAGAAGAGAGUGUGAGCUUAUUAUCUGAACCUUCAGAAUUCUAUCAUGUUGGUGAUACAUCUGAGCAGUCUUCUUUGCAAAGAAAUAUGAUAUUGUCCAUGAAUUUCCCUCGUUGA